UUAUUUGGGAGAUCAAAACGAGAGAUUCGCGUGCAAAACAACAAUUAUUCAGGAUUACUUUGAGAAAUUUAGUGAUUGAACGGUUUGAUAACAUCCCUCAAUCAAAAUAGGUUUUCAGUCGUAAAAUUAGUAAUUCAUAAUAUUUGUGAUAAUUAUUGUUAAAUAAUUGUAUAAGGGGCUGGAAGGGGAGGAAAACAAAAAAGGGUUUUGCAGCAGCUGAGUGGAGGUUUUGAGAAAGAUGGUGACUGUGGGCUACGUACGUCAACAAUUGACAUGUUUGACUCAUUCUGGAGGUUCCCACAAGGAACAAGCCGACAAGUAUCGAGCCAUCCUGGACGAGAUCCUGUCAUCCUCUGGGGAUGAGCUCGUCGACACCCUAAAGAUCUUCAUCGAAGCUAUUGUCAACGAGAAUGUGAGUCUCGUGAUAUCCAGACAGGUCCUGACGGACGUCAGCAAUCGCCUUCUGCUGCUCCCUGAUGAAAUCUCAAAAGCAGUUUCCCAUUAUACACUGGACAAGGUCCAGCCCAGAGUAAUUUCCUUCGAAGAACAAGUGGCGAGUAUCAGACAGCACCUGGCAGACAUCUACGAGAGGAACCAGAACUGGAGAGAGGCAGCAAAUGUCCUGGUAGGAAUUCCCCUGGAAACUGGGCAGAAGCAGUACACAGUAGACUACAAGCUCGAGACGUACCUCAAAAUAGCGAGACUUUACCUAGAGGAUGACGAUCCAGUGCAGGCUGAGGCUUUCAUCAACAGGGCUUCCCUACUGCAGGCAGAGUCCAAGAACGAGCAACUCCAAAUUUAUUACAAGGUCUGCUACGCCAGAGUCCUGGAUUACAGGAGGAAAUUCAUCGAGGCUGCCCAGAGAUACAAUGAGCUGUCCUACAGGUCAAUAAUCCACGAGGACGAGCGCAUGACUGCCCUCAGGAACGCCCUGAUCUGCACAAUCCUCGCUUCAGCUGGACAACAGAGAAGUCGAAUGCUGGCAACUCUCUUCAAGGACGAACGUUGUCAGCAGCUGCCAGCGUACGCAAUCCUGGAAAAGAUGUACCUGGACAGAAUUAUUCGUCGUUCAGAGCUGCAGGAGUUCGAGGCCCUGCUGCAGCCCCACCAGAAAGCCUGUACAACUGAUGGCCUGGGCUCGACAAUCCUCGAUCGAGCAGUAAUCGAGCACAAUCUCCUCUCAGCUAGCAAACUAUACAAUAACAUCACAUUCGAGGAAUUGGGAGCCCUCCUGGAGAUACCCCCCAUGAAGGCCGAGAAAAUUGCCAGCCAGAUGAUCACAGAAGGUCGCAUGAAUGGCUACAUCGACCAGAUCGACUCCAUCGUUCAUUUCGAAACCCGAGAGAUUCUGCCCACCUGGGACAAACAAAUCCAAUCCCUUUGCUACCAAGUAAACCAAAUAAUCGAGAAAAUUGCUCAAACCCAACCAGAAUGGAUAGCAAAAGCCACCGAGGACCAGAUGGUUCACUAACGCAGGUAAAACUGAAGGUAUAGACGAAAAAAUCUUGAACCCUCAUGAAUUAAUCCUGGAAUUACUAAUUUUACACACAAUUUCAUAACUUCUCCAGAAAUCUAAACAUCAUGCGAGCCAUGUUUUCUUUAUUUAUGUAAAUAAAUGAAACGUUUAACAUAAACCGUGUUCUCAUACGUUUAUUGUAUCAGAUCCCACAGUCCGAAUACAAGAGAAUGCAUUGUCUACUUUUUUUUUAUUUUCCUCAAGAUAUUUUAUUACAAAAA